AUGGAUACCGAAAAGACGGAUGCUGCUGCUUAUCACACUAGCAGAGGUGAAUUCUCUGACAUCUCAAACCAUGAUGGAGAGUCUAUUCAAGGGCCCUCGCGGAACAUCCUGCAACGUAAACUCAAGAAUCGUCACAUCACCAUGAUUAGUAUUGGGGGUGUUAUCGGUACUGGUCUUUUUGUUGGAACUGCAAACUCCUUAACGCAAGGAGGCCCCAUCGGUCUGUUGCUCGGUUACACAAUCAUGGGCUCCAUCGUCUAUUGCGUCAUGAUCACUUUAGGUGAAAUGAUUUCUUACCUGCCUAUACCUGGUGGUCCCAUCAAACUGGCCGAGCGCUUCGUCGACCCUGCGUUCUCUUUUGCCGUGGGUUGGAAUUACUGGUACAACUGGACGAUUACCUCCGAGUUUUCUGCUGCUGUAGUGUUGAUAAACUUUUGGAAUCCCGCUGUCAAUAAUUCAGUAUGGGUCGUCAUAUGUCUUGUCGUCGUUCUCGCCAUUAACAUGCUCGGCGCUGGCGCUUACGGCGAGACGGAAUUCAUAUUUGCAUCCAUCAAGAUCAUCACAAUCACUAGUCUUAUUAUCAUCGGUAUAAUCAUCGAUUUGGGAGGUGGCCCAAACCAUGACCGCAUUGGAUUCCGCUACUGGAAAAAUCCUGGACCAUUCGUUCAGUAUAAUGGCAUCGAAGGUGUCAAAGGACAAUUCCUUGGCUUUUGGGCUGUUUUGAUUCAAGCUGCUUUCUCGUUCCUUGGAACCGAGAUUGUUGCUAUUGCUGCUGGAGAAGCGAAGAAUCCUCGUCGUAACUUGCCCAAAGCCAUCCGUCGAGUAUACAUCCGUAUAUUGCUUUUUUACAUCGGCGGAACAUUCAUCAUUGGUCUGCUUGUACCAUCCAACGACCCACAUCUCAAAUUGGUUGAUGAAACAGCCGCCAAGUCUCCAUUCGUCAUUGCUAUCGAAAAAGCGGGAAUCAAAUCACUUCCUUCGAUCAUCAAUGCUUGUUUGUUGACCUCGGCAUGGUCCGCCGCAUCUAGUGACUUGUACACUUCGUCUCGUGCGAUUUAUGGUCUUGCAAUCUCAGGAAAUGCUCCCAAGGUCUUCCUUAAAACCUCACGCAACGGGCUGCCUUAUGUCGCUAUCCUCUUCUCCGCCUCUUUCUCCCUUCUUACCUUCAUGGCUGUGUCCGCUAGCGCGGGCUCAGUAUUUAUCUGGUUUGCUAACAUGACAUCCGUCGCUGGCCUUAUGACGUGGUUUGGUAUCUCGGUGACGUACCUCCGCUUCUACAAGGGCAUACAGGUCCAAGGCAUCGACCGCAAGACGUUCCCUUACUACACAAAUCUCCAGCCAUACGCAGCGUGGUGGGGAGCGGUUUCAACGGUCACCAUCUGUUUCUUCAACGGAUGGAACGUUUUCCUCAAAGGAAAGUGGGAUAUUGCAAAUUUCAUCACCAACUACAUCCUUUUCAUCACCUGGCCAGUCAUGUACCUUGGCGCUCGCUUCUACUAUGGUACCAAGCCUGUUGCUCCAGAGGACAUGGACUUCAAGACCGAUGUAGCUGAAAUUGUGGCGGACAUGUAUGAGGAUCCCCCGCCAAAGAACAAGCUGGAAGCAUUCUUGCAAUGGCUGUUGUAG